CCUGCCGUGCAUGCGGCUCUGGAUCUCCUUCCCCUGGGUGCCGGGCUGAGGCGGGCGGGGGCCCCCCGACCUCCCAGGCGAGCGACCAGUCCCCGCGGGGGGUCCCCUUGCGCCCGCUCCGGCCGGAGGCGGGGCGGCCCCCUUGGCCGGCCGGGGGGGCAGGAUGAGCGGCGGCCGCAGCGGCCGGGCGGCGGUGAAGAUGGAGGCCCCGUUCUACCCCGAGGAGGGGCUGGAGCUGCUGCCCGACUUCGUGCCGCUCCCCGGCUUCGGCAGCGGCCCCGGCGCAGGGGUGGAGGCGGCGGGGCACAAGCUGCUGCUCGGGGCCGGUAAGAAGCGGGAGAUGGCGGCGGGGGCGGCCGCCUCCCCCUCGGCGCUGCCGGGGUCCUACACACUGCGGCCGCCCGGCGGCACCCGGAGCGGCGCGGCGCUCAGGCUCAUCCCCGCCGCGGCGCCCCCGGGCUCGGCAGCGGGGGGAGGAGCCGGCGGCAGGGGCGGCCCGGAGGCGGCUCUGUUGGCGGCCGGGUCCCCUGCGGAGCUGCCGCUGCUGAAGCUGCCGCCCGCGGCGGACCUGGAGCAGCUGCUGAUCCAAGGCAGCCCCGGCCUGGGCCCCGCCAGCCCCUGCCCCGCCGCCGCCCCGCCCCCCGCGGCCGGGCCCUUCCUCUACCGCCAGCAGGUGACGCAGGAGCAGGAGGGAUUCGCCGACGGCUUCGUCAAGGCCCUGGCCGACCUGCACAAGCAGAACCAGCUGCUGGGGGCGCCGCUCUCCCCGGGGCCCUGCCGGCCCGCCGCCGACCCGCCCGCCGUCUACACCACCCUCGGCAGCUUCAACCCGGCCGGGCCGCUCAGCCCCGCGGGCGGCGCCUACUCCGCCGCCCCGCCGGGCCUGCCCUUCCCCGCCCCCGCCCCGCCGGGGCUGGGCAGCGGCCGCCUCCCCGCUCCCGGCGCCGCCAGGGCCCUGGAGGAGCCGCAGACUGUGCCCGAGGCGCCUCCGCCGGGCGAGGCGGGCAGCAGCGCCCCGACGCCGCCCUCGCUGUCGCCGCUGGACGCGGAGAGCCAGGAGCGGCUGAAGGCCGAGCGCAAGCGGCUGCGGAACCGCAUCGCGGCCUCCAAGUGCCGGCGGCGGAAGCUGGAGCGGAUCGCGCGGCUGGAGGAGAAGGUGAAGGCGCUGAAGGGGCAGAACGCCGAGCUGGCCGCCACCGCCAGCCUCCUGCGGGCCCAGGUCACCCAGCUGCAGGGCCGCGUCCGCAGCCACCUCUCCAGCGGCUGCCACAUCAGCGCCGCGGGCGCGCCCGCCCCGCCGCCAGAGGGCGCCGCCGAGCCCGCCGCGCCGGAGACCAGCGCCUGCUGA